AUGGCACAGAGUCAGCGAUCUCGGUACCUCAAGACAGGUGCCAUCAUUGGUGCUCUGUUGAUGAUGAUGUUUUGGUUAUCUCCCUCGAAGUCGUCUGUGGCGAGUGUCAGCGGAUCCCAAACAGCGUCCCCCGGCACCGCCGCGCCUCUAACGGACAGGUGCACCAAACCCCAUGACCCGUCAAAGCCACUGAUCCAAUAUGCCCUGAUGAUCGACGCGGGAAGCCAAGGUUCUCGUAUCCACGUCUAUCGAUUCAACAACUGCGGUUCCACUCCCGAACUCGAAAAUGAAGUGUUCGAACAGACUGAAAAGAGAGCCGGUGGCUCUGGGCUGAGCGCAUACAAGGAAGAUGCUGAGGGCGCAGCGAAGAGUCUCGAUCCCCUCAUGCAGGCGGCUCUGCGGUCUGUCCCUGAUGAGUACAAGACCUGCUCUCCCGUCGCCGUGAAAGCCACCGCGGGUCUGCGUAUGCUUGGCCCGGAGUUGAGCCAGAACAUCUUGGAGGCCGUGCGGGCUCGAUUGGAGACCGUCUAUCCCUUCCCCGUGGUUUCCCGCGAGAAGAACGGCGUUGCGAUUAUGGACGGCUCCGACGAAGGUGUCUACGCUUGGAUUACCACGAACUACCUUCUUGGAAAGAUUGGCGGGCCAGACGAGACUCCGACGGCUGCUAUCUUUGACCUUGGUGGUGGCUCGACUCAAAUCGUCUUCCAGCCCACAUUCGAAAAGAGCAAGUCCGGCGGGAUGCCAGAGCGACUGGCGGAGGGCGACCACAAGUACUCUCUUGACUUUGGUGGCCGAUACUUCGAGCUUUAUCAGCACUCGCAUCUGGGUUAUGGUCUCAUGGCUGCGCGCGAGGCUGUCCACAAGACAAUCGUCGAAGCAAAGCUGGCCAUGGGCACUAAGGAUCUGGCUUGGUUGAAACAGCCCAUCUCUAACCCGUGCAUUGGGCCAGGCAUGAGCCGUGAUAUUACCUUGACUUUCCCUCACGAUCAUCCGCUCGGACCCGAGGUUACGGUUACUAUGGAGGGCCCGAAGGAAGGUUCUCUCGCGGCUGUUCAGUGCCGUGGGCUCACGGAGAAGAUCCUCAAGAAGGAUGCCGACUGCACUCUGGCCCCGUGCUCCUUCAACGGAGUUCACCAGCCGUCGCUCGAGAAGACCUUCUCUCGUGAGGACGUAUACGUCUUCUCGUACUUCUUCGACCGCACCAGACCCCUGGGCAUGCCGGACUCAUUCACCCUGGCGGAGCUUCACGACCUCACCUCGACGGUCUGUGCCGGUGCCCCGUCCUGGAAGAUUUUCGAGGGCAUCGAGGGAGCACUGCCGGAGCUGCAGGGUCGCCCCGAAUGGUGCCUGGAUUUGAACUUCAUGUUGGGACUCUUGCACACGGGCUACGAUAUGCCCUUGUCGCGUGAAGUCAAGAUUGCGAAGAAGAUCAAGAACAACGAACUUGGCUGGUGUCUUGGUGCAAGCUUGCCCCUUCUGAGCCAGGAAUCGGGCUGGACCUGCCGGGUGAAGGAGAUUGUUUAA